AUGGAGUUCAACACGGGCAUUUAUGAGCCGUUGCACUGGUCGUUUGAUGUGUACCCUAGUGUGGUCCCCCGCGUGAGGGUGCGAGGCGUGAUGACCCUCUUCCUUGCCGGCUCCAUUCUGUGGGCGCUGGUCUGGCUGCUCUACCGUGCCUGGCAAGUGUGCCAAACGCCAAACGAUAUCCUGGUCGACAAGCUAGGCCUGGAUAUCCCUCCCUCUCCCGAAGUCACCCUUGAGGAAAUUGCCGCUCGAGAGAUUCGCAUUGCCUGGAAACAGCCCGAGUUCCACAAUUCUAUUCAAAAACACAUUAUCCAGAUCAACAGCGCCAAAGUCGGCGAGACAAAACGAGCAGAAACUGCCGUCACGAUUGGAAAUUUAGUUCCCGGCCAUAUCUACCAUAUUUGCGUAUUCGCCGUCAGCGCUGCCAAUUUUCAAACUGCCAGUGCUGUCCUCCAUAUCCGUACAAAACCUCUUCCGUUGUCGCAGACUCAACAAGAUGGCACCAUCGAUGGCCCUACUAUCCAAGCAUCGGUCCCGCGGUCGACCGUUACCCUGGUGGCUCCUUCUGCACCGGUCAUGGCAAGGGAGCAUAGCGGUGGCCAUCCACAAAGCAAGCGCACUGGGCUGGGGAGAAAGUUGUCGCCAGCCGCUGACAUGCAGCCCGACGAUUCGCAUCGCGUCUCUGUGUCCGACGAUCGCAACGGAACUCUCGAGCAGCUGGCAGUGCGUCUGAAAAACCUGCAGCAGGAAAACGAAAACAUGGACAAGCAGGUUGCUGAAGAAGACGAAGAACACAAUGCCAGUCUCGACGAACUAGCUAAACAACGUGAUCAGCUCAAGCAGCGUGUCAAGGAAAAGGACGAGGCCAGCGGCGACUUGAAGAAACAUGUCAAUAAACUUGAGAGCGUCAACCGAACAGUUCAGAGUGAGAAGACCAAGCGCGAGAGACUCCUCCAACAAAAAGAAGCAGAACGGAAGAAACGGAAAGACGACAUCGUUCGAUGGCAGGACCAGAUCUCGCAGUUUAACAAGGAAGUCGCCAGAGCUGGCGAAGACAAAAACAGAGUUGAGCAAGAUGCUACCAAACAGGCCAAUGAAAUCCGCGAAAAGAUCGCAAGCGAGCAGGCGAAAAUGAAAGGUAUCGACGACGAAAUUCAAGAAAAGGGAGGUCGUAUCAAGAAGCUGGAAGAUGAAAGGCAAGGGAUUGAUGGCAGCGAUAACGAGGAUGGCAGAGAACUUGAUCGUAUCGAUAUCGAAAAGGCUCGACAGUGGGAAACUCGUCUAAACCAUCUCCACGCAAGAUAUGCCACGCUAGUCAAUCUACACACCCAGGCUCAGCAGCAGUACCAGGAAGCUCAAGAGCGUAUCAAGUGGUUGAACAACCAGAGAACUAGCGGCAACGGCCCGUUUAACUCGUUGCAGACGAUUGACCUAGAGCUUCCCCAGCCCUCAGCUAUCCGCCGCCCUCGGCACCGAAGUUCCUUGACAAGCAACGUCUCUUCGCCGGUUGCAUUUCCGCAAGUAGACACCGCAUUCCCUCGAACUUUGACCUACAAUCAAUCCAACAAUUCUCCUACAUUCGCUCCCAGCUCUGCUUUCUUCAACAUCACCAACGGAAUGACAUUGCUCGGUCCUUCAGACAGGGCAGAGACCGUCCCUACGGAAUCUGAUACCUCACUACCACCGAUGAGUCCCCGUGCAGAUGCCUUGUUGCCAUCAGAUCUUCUUGGCGAUGAAGAAUCCACCGACCUUCCCGAGCCUAUUACAGCUCCCGACCUGCCCGACACGACCGGUGGUGAUGACCCCAGGUCACCCUCUCCAGUUUCUUCAGAGACCAGAUCGGCUCGGUUUUUCGCCAGCCCUCACGAUAGCCUCCGAGACAUUGAUCUUUCCCUUCCGCAUAAUGAAGGGUUGUCCCCAGACGACACGACCAAUGUGCAGAGUGCAUCCCGCCGACUCUCUGGCCUCUUCAAUUUCCACAGACAACGAGGAAAGACCAUGGCAGAUGGGCCGCCACUUCUUGGAUCGUUGAAGCCUGGUCAGAGCCGUUCGUUCCCGCGUAAUUAUGAUGAUAUGGACCCAAUUGGAGCACGUCGCCGUCGUUUGAGCCAUGCAGCCAACUGGGCAAACCCAAUGUCACUGUUCCCGAGGAGCAACCCCACAAAUGUGACUGCUGAUACUUCUUCCGAUCAGGCUCCGUCUAGGAAAGGUCCAUUUUCCAAUAUUUUCUCAUCUACUAAAUUGAAUGCGGAUGAGGUGAUCAAAAAUGAUCAAGGGUACAAUCAGUUCAGCCCUAGUUACGACCCCCUGGACCCCUCUUCGCUCUUGGGACCCAUUCGUCGAAGCUCUCUAUCCCCGCGACCAUCGUCAACGUUUUCGUUUGAUAAACACCUUCCUCACCCUUCUACUGAUCCCUUUGGCUGGCCAUCUAGUGACGUCAGCGCUCAAAGGAGCUCGCUUGCUUUUGACUGGGCUUCACCAUCUACGUGGUCACGAAACCAGUCUCGUCGACCAUCAAUACAGUACGGUUCUUCUAGCCACUUACCUCUGGGAAUGUCCCCUGGCGAACCUGACUUUCUUCAAGCACCCCAUGAUAAGCUUCGACCGCUCCAGGCGCCAAUCGGAACGCGGCCUUCUUCGUCUCAUCGACCCGUGACUCCUAAACUGAAUCCUGCAGCGCCAACCUUUAAGACGUUGUUCAAGAAAGCCGAAAAGGACAAGGACAAAUCUACGGCAAAGGAUUUGGCGUCAAAGUCUCAAGAGUUCGAAUUCUACACCGACGACUUGUCUCCGCCACCGUCGAGACGCUCUAGGGAUUCUCGGGCACUUUCCGGUGCUGCUGAAUCUUUCGACUCUCUUGAUCUUGUGCCAUCGAGCAGCCCCUCCGAUAAUGUCAGCACAAAGGAGUCCUUCAUCCAGAAAAUCACCCGAAAGAGUAGUUCGAGCAAAUUCAACCUUUCCUGGAAAGAUCGUGGAGGCAUAUUUUCGAAAAAGAACGAUUCGAUUCACAGUGAGAUCGACAUAGAAGGCAAUCAUAACGAUGAGGCUCAGCUGGGGAAGAGUGUAGAUAGUACUGUCUCUAGCACCCUAUCCGCAGACCGAUCAACAACGCGCAGCGGUCGGCAUUUCUUCAGCAGAAAGCCCAAGAAGGAUAAGGCUUCUAGCGAGGCUGGUGAGACUGGGGAUGAGGAGCUCCCUGAAGAGGAAUACGAAUAUGUCAGAACGUUUGAACAACCAGACAGUCUACUUCCUGAAUCCUGGAUCGUUGUGCGAAUCGACGGCCGCGGAUUCCACAGGCUUUCAGACAAAUAUGGAUUUGAGAAGCCAAAUGAUCGCCGCGCAUUGGAUCUCAUGAACGCCGCGGCAGUAGUGGUGAUGAAGGAUCUUCCGGAGUUGAGUAUUGCGUACGGCGUUAGCGACGAAUACAGUUUUGCCUUUCACCCCAGCUGUCAGUUGUUCGACAGGAGAAGCGCAAAACUUGUGUCAACAAUUGUAUCGGGUUUCACGGCGGCAUAUGUUAUGCAAUGGCCGGCUUAUUUCCCAGACAAGCCUCUGGAGAUAUCUAGCCUACCCACUUUCGACGGACGAGCGGUGCUUUAUCCAAACGCGAGGAUAUUCCGUGAUUAUAUGAGUUGGAGACAGGUUGACUGUCACAUUAACAAUUUAUACAACACAACCUUCUGGUCCCUGGUUUUAAAGGGUGGGAUGACCAAUAUUGAAGCCGAAAAAGAGCUGCAGGGAACUAUAUCAUCCGACAAAAAUGAAAUUCUUUUCACUCGCUUCGGCAUAAAUUACAACAACGAAGACGACAUAUACAAAAAAGGCAGCGUUGUAUAUCGUCAAUAUCAGCUCGUGGAUCCAUCAACGGUGCCUACAAGCGCAGGGGACCAUGAGGAAGACCAGGGAAUAGCAAAUGUGAAAGAGCUUUCUCGGACUCAGCAAGAAAAACUACGCAAAUUGCGUCGCAAGGCACAAGUUGUUGUCGAUCAUGUGGACAUUAUUAAAGAUGAGUUCUGGCAGAGACGGCCGUGGAUAUUGUCUGGCAAACCUGGAAAAGUACCUGCUGAAGCGGCUGCCGAAUAA